UAAAAUAAAAGCUGCUUGGCAUCUUGUGAUCCCUUUCUAAUAACAACUGAUUUCUCCCAAGAGCAUAUACCCUUUCUUGACCUUGGAAAUCAAUUCAAAUAUGGCGCACAAGUGUGAAAACUUAGAGAACAAUAGCGUUUAUGUUAUGGCACUAGAGCUCUAGCUUAAAUGCAAAUGUAAGAAGGGAUAAUUUUUUGCAUCUCCUUCUCCGCCAACUUUUCUUGUUGUAAUAAGCUUUCACUUUCCUUUCCACCCAAAAAUCUUGGAAAUUUAGGAAAGGAAAGAUUUUGGGACACUUUAUUUUGGUUUUGGUUUCGGUUUCUUGAUUUCUUCCCUGCCUCGGUUUCUCCGAACCCACGCUUUAGUAGCAUUCAUCAAAUAUUGAUUCUUUCCAUCUGGCUUGGCCCUUCUUAUAAAGGUACUAUUUGAUUCUUCUGAAGGUGUUUCUUCAGCAAGGGAGGGUUGGGAAGGAAGAAGAAAGGGGGAUGGGAAAAAAGGCCAUUGACCACUAGGCUAUCUGUCAGAUUGUCCUUUGCAGAUGGCCACCACAGUGUUUCAGCAAGCUCUUGGGACUCUUGAAUCCCACAGUUGCUUGAGUAGUUCUGGAUUUCGCCAUGAGUGUGGAAGUGCUUCAGUGAAGUUGAUCUCAAAGGAUUUCAAGGUUGAUAUUGCCCUGAUGAGAAGAGGGAACUAUUGCUCUAAAAAGAGAAGUUUCAGUCUAAUUCAAGCCUCAACUUCUCAAACAACUGUCUUUGACCCUGUGUCUUCUCCAUUGCACAAGACAGCCAAUGACUCAAAGAAGAAGCCAAGUGAAGCAGCUCUGAUCCUGAUUAGGCAUGGUGAGUCUAUGUGGAAUGAGAAAAACCUGUUCACUGGCUGUGUUGAUGUUCCAUUGACAAAAAAAGGUGUUGAAGAGGCAAUUGAAGCGGGAAAAAGAAUCAGCAAUAUACCUAUUGACUUGAUUUAUACAUCUGCUUUGAUUCGUGCACAGAUGACUGCUAUGCUAGCCAUGACCCAGCACCGACGCAAGAAGGUUCCAAUCAUUCAACAUGAAGAGAAUGAGCAAGCAAGAGCUUGGAGUCAAAUUUUUAGUGAAGAGACCAACAAACAAUGUAUUCCUGUUAUAACAGCAUGGCAAUUGAAUGAAAGGAUGUAUGGGGAACUGCAGGGUCUAAAUAAGCAGGAAACAGCAGAUAAAUAUGGGAAGGCAAAAGUUCAAGAGUGGCGCCGUAGUUAUGAUAUACCUCCACCAAAUGGCGAGAGCUUAGAGAUGUGUGCUGAGAGAGCCGUUGCCUACUUCCAAGAACAUAUUGAACCCCAACUUCAGUCUGGGAAAAAUGUAAUGAUUGCGGCCCAUGGGAACUCAUUGAGAUCAAUCAUCAUGUAUCUUGACAAGCUGACUUCUCAAGAGGUUAUAAGUUUGGAACUCUCUACUGGCAUACCCAUGCUUUACAUAUUCAAGGAGGGAAGCUUUAUUCGAAGGGGAAGUCCAGUGGCACCAACUGAGGCGGGGGUUUAUGCUUAUACUAAGCGUUUGGCCCAAUAUAGGCAGAGGUUAGAUGAGAUGCUUCAAUAAUGUGGCAGAAGGAUUUUUGCUUAAUGUUUGAUAUGAAGAUGCACAGUCCAUGCACAACCUGAGAGGAUUUAGGAUUACUUUACCCAAAUCUAGGUUUAAAAAAUAAUGUGUUGUAGUUUCUGCCUAGCCCCAUGUAGUCAGCUACCUACUAGUUUGUAUACUCUUCCUGUGUACCCAUCAUGGCUCGGGAUCAAAAGGUACGGUUUAGGUGUGUUUUUAAGUGAUGUUUAAUAUGCAAAAGAAAUCCUGGACUCUUGAUGAUAACUGAUACAUUUUUUUGUUUCUUUUACUACUAUUUGCAUAUUUAGAUUGUGGGGAACCCUGCUAUUGAUUGAGCUUUGCUCGAGUCUGCUAUAUAUUCUCUUCUUG